CUCGGAAACAACACGGAAUCGAAAACGAAUUGAAGAGGAGGAAAGAUUACAUGGCCGGAAGUUUGGUUUCCGUCGUGGUGGUGGCGGUGGCGGUGGCGGUGGUGGUGGUGACCGUCGGAUUCGUGGAGGCGCAGCAGCCGGACUGUGCUUCUAAGCUAGCGGAUUGUGCGAAUUUCCUGAAAUCCAAUAAUCCGCCGGCGACGUGCUGCAAUCCGAUUAAGGAAGCGGUGGCGACGCAGCUCGAUUGCCUCUGCAACCUCUACACCUCGCCGGAUUUCUUUUCGUCGAUCGGCGUUAAUGUCUCCGACGCUCUCCAUCUCACUAAGGCCUGCGGCGUUACCACCGAUCUCUCCAAGUGCAAAACUGGUGCUCCGGCUCCGUCGCACGGUGCUCCAUCUUUACCGGCAGGCGUUGGAUUUACACUUCUACUCUUGUUCUUUGUCUCCCUCGUCUUUUAUUAGCAUCUCAGAUAUCGUCUAUAAUCGAUUGAACGUGUUCAAGUAAAGA